GGAGAGUCGAUGUGAAUGCGUUCAGUUUUUUCCCUUUUAGUUUGUGAGAGGGGAAAACAAUCUCCCUGCCUUCAGGCGGCGCUUGGACGCGGCGGAGCGGGGUCCUUGCUGGCGGGGCUCUGCUCUGACGACAUCAGCUGCGAGCGAGGGGCACGUGUGGCGGUGGAGGGUUCGAGAAGGUCCGCGAGCGGCGACGGCGGCACUGGUGUCACGCUGCUGCCCCUUGACACCCGCUCAUCCUCCCAUCCAGCGGGCAGGCAGGCUCCGUCAUCCCACCCCGGAACCACUCGCACUCGCACACGGACUGGGCGGCAAGUCGGACCCGGACACCGUGAACCCCCGCACCCGGCCGGCCGGACCCCAGUGUGCGCGGACACCCGGACCCCUCGCUGCAGCCUCCGCCGUUUGGUCGCCAUGAUCCACCUCGUGCGCUCCGCGUCCCGGCGCCUCGCCACCGCCACCGCCAACACGGGUCAUUGGAAUGGUUUGAACCAGGAUGUCCUUCAAACAUUGGCAAGACGUAAUUAUGCGUCUGAAGCUAUUAAAGGUGCUGUUGUUGGCAUUGAUCUGGGCACAACUAACUCCUGUGUUGCUGUGAUGGAAGGCAAGCAAGCAAAGGUACUGGAAAAUUCAGAAGGUGCCAGAACAACCCCCUCUGUAGUUGCAUUUACAGCUGAUGGAGAACGUUUAGUCGGAAUGCCAGCUAAAAGACAAGCAGUAACCAACCCGAAGAACACUUUAUAUGCAACAAAACGCUUGAUUGGGCGGCGAUUUGAGGAUUCUGAAGUACAGAAGGAUACUGAAAAUGUGUCCUAUAAAAUAGUCCGUGCCUCUAAUGGUGAUGCCUGGGUAGAAGCACACGGGAAGAUGUACUCUCCAAGCCAAGUUGGGGCAUUUGUCUUAAUGAAAAUGAAGGAAACAGCAGAAAGCUACCUGGGACAACCCGUGAAGAAUGCAGUUAUCACAGUGCCUGCAUAUUUCAAUGAUUCACAAAGACAGGCCACAAAAGAUGCUGGACAGAUAUCUGGAUUGAAUGUUCUGCGAGUCAUUAAUGAACCCACUGCGGCAGCUCUAGCAUAUGGAUUAGACAAAUCUGAAGAUAAAGUAAUCGCUGUCUACGAUCUGGGUGGUGGCACCUUUGAUAUCUCUGUUCUGGAGAUUCAAAAAGGAGUCUUUGAAGUAAAAUCCACAAAUGGGGAUACGUUUUUGGGAGGCGAGGACUUUGACCACGCAUUGCUCAAGCACAUCAUCAAGGAAUUCAAGAGAGAGUCUGGUGUGGACCUCGCCAAAGAUAACAUGGCACUGCAACGUGUAAGAGAAGCAGCAGAGAAAGCCAAGUGUGAGUUGUCUUCAUCCCUUCAGACUGACAUUAAUCUUCCUUAUUUGACAAUGGAUGCAUCUGGACCAAAACAUCUUAAUAUUAAAAUUACUCGUGCUCAAUUUGAGAACAUUGUUGGUGAUCUAAUUAAGAGGACUAUUAAGCCCUGCCAGAAAGCCUUGCAAGAUGCUGAGGUCAACAAAAGUGACAUUGGUGAGGUCAUUCUUGUGGGUGGAAUGAGCAGAAUGCCAAAGGUUCAGUCAACAGUUCAGGAGCUCUUUGGUCGAUCCCCCAGUAGGUCUGUGAAUCCAGAUGAAGCUGUUGCUGUCGGUGCUGCCAUCCAAGGGGGGGUGCUUGCUGGGGAUGUCACAGAUGUGCUGCUGCUUGAUGUUACUCCUUUGUCACUGGGUAUUGAGACCUUGGGAGGCGUUUUUACCAAACUCAUCAACAGGAACACUACAAUUCCAACAAAGAAAGGCCAGGUUUUUUCGACGGCUGCUGAUGGACAGACACAGGUUGAGAUCAAAGUGUUUCAGGGAGAGCGAGAGAUGGCAGCUGACAACAAACUUCUGGGGCAGUUCACUUUGGUUGGCAUGCCCCCUGCUCCCCGGGGAGUUCCUCAAAUUGAAGUAACAUUUGACAUUGAUGCCAAUGGUAUUGUCCAUGUUUCUGCAAGGGACAAAGGCACAGGCCGUGAACAGCAGAUUAUCAUCCAGUCUUCUGGUGGACUGAGCAAGGAUGAUAUUGAGAACAUGAUCAAGAAUGCAGAGAAAUACGCUGAAGCAGACAGGAGGAGAAAGGAAACUGUUGAAGCAGUAAACACUGCUGAAGGAAUUAUUCAUGACACAGAGUCUAAAAUGGAAGAAUUCAAGGAUCAGCUUCCAAAAGAGGAGUGUGAUAAAUUAAGAGAAGAAAUUACCAAAGUGAAGGAUCUCUUGGCGCGCAAGGAUUCAGAAACGGGUGAAGCCAUCAAAGCAGCAGCAUCCAGUCUACAGCAGGCUUCAUUAAAACUCUUUGAGAUUGCAUACAAGAAGAUGGCAUCUGAGAGGGAGAGCUCGGGCAGCACAGAAAAUACAGAAGGUGGAGACAAGAAAGAAGAGAAACAAUAAAAGGCUUAGUUAUUGCUAUAAUGAACUGGCAAGGGGACAUAAGCUUGGGAGCAGCAGAGACAGCCGACAACUUUUUCCUGAGCGAAUUUGCACGAUAUUCAUUCUUGUACUGUGUUUUCUGCAGUAUCCUAUAUACAUAGUUUUUGUUUAAUGUGAAAAGUAUCAGCAUUGUCUGCAUUUUAACAAAAGUCAGGCUUGUCAUUCCUGCAACUUAAUUUACCUUGUGUAAGAAAUGCAUCUCUAAGGGCCAGAGUAGUAGAAGAAAUAAACUUUUUGGUUCACAGCCAGAUUGUAA